CUUGCGCUGUGGAAACUUUGACAAACAUCAUCCAAUGUCUGUCACAUAGCUCAAGAUAUACAAAGUAAAUGCUGACCGCGAGCUUUACUCAUGUCUGACGAAGGUGAGGAAAGCGACUGCGGCGAGAGAGGGCAUCUCCCCGACUCUCCCUCCCCGCCACUGUCUCUCUGUCCUCCCCGAGGAUCUCCGUCCUCCCCCCGGCCCUUGGACGUCUUUUCCUCAGCCUCUCCACUGCUGGGGGACACAGACCCGCCUUACCUCGCUUCCCCGGACUGUCUUCACCAGUCUCAAGAGAGCCGGGACUCCCCACGACUUACAACACCAAAGUUUCACCACAGCACCGAGGACACCGGCUCUCCGUUUCUGUCCCGGCAGGAUGUGCGGGUAGACGCGGUGUGCGACCGCUACGAUGACCCGUUUCCCAAAUGGAGAGGACGAGGCGCGGCGAACGCAGAGCGCUUUCAGCACCGCGGACAGAGACUCCAGCGGGCUCCGGAGCUCCCAGACCAGGGGAACCACAACUCCACUGAACACAUCGACACAGAGUUCAACUCUGAAACCAGGCAAACGGUGGAGGCCAUGCAUCGUCGGCACACCACACUAAGAGAGAAGGGGCGUCGCCAAGCAGUGCGGGGCCCAGCUUACAUGUUCAAUGAACGUGGCUCGGCACUCACUGCAGAAGAGGAGCGUUUCCUGGAUGCUGCUGAAUAUGGAAACAUUCCUGUGGUCCGCAAAAUGCUGGAAGAGUCCAAAACCCUUAACUUCAAUUGUGUGGACUACAUGGGCCAGAAUGCUUUGCAGCUUGCGGUUGGCAAUGAGCACCUAGAAGUGACCGAGCUGCUUCUGAAGAAGGAUGGUUUGGCGAGGAUCGGUGACGGUCUGCUUUUGGCUAUCUCCAAGGGUUAUGUGAGAAUCGUUGAAGCCAUCCUUGCCCACCCUGCCUUUGGUGGAGGUCUCCGGCUGGCUUUGAGCCCUCUGGAGCAGGAGAUGCGAGAUGACGACUUUUAUGCCUAUGACGAGGACGGGACCCGUUUUUCUCAUGACGUCACUCCAGUUAUCCUUGCUGCUCACUGCCAGGAGUACGAAAUCGUUCACAUCCUCUUGACGAAGGGGGCCCGCAUAGAAAGGCCACACGAUUACUUCUGUAAGUGCUCAGAGUGUGUGGACAAACAGAAGGAAGACUCGUUCAGCCACUCACGCUCCAGGAUGAAUGCAUAUAAAGGCCUGGCCAGUGCAGCGUACCUGUCGCUCAGCAGUGAAGACCCUGUGCUGACCGCCCUCGAGCUCAGCAAUGAACUGGCAAGACUGGCAAACAUUGAGACCGAGUUCAAGAAUGACUACCGCAAGCUGUCCAUGCAGUGUAAGGACUUUGUGGUGGGUGUGUUGGACCUUUGUCGGAACACAGAGGAAGUGGAGGCCAUACUUAACGGAGACGUGGACCAAUGUCCUCCAAGCCCUUACAACCGACCCUGCCUCAGCCGAGUCAAACUGGCCAUCAAGUAUGAAGUCAAGAAGUUUGUUGCCCAUCCAAACUGUCAGCAGCAGCUGCUAACUAUCUGGUACGAGAACCUUCCCAAUCUGAGGCAGCAGUCUGUUGGGGUGAAGUGCUGGACAGUGCUGGGAAUCACUGUAGGUCUACCCUUCCUGGCCAUCUCCUACUGGAUAAUGCCAUGUAGCAAGCUGGGUCAGAUCCUGCGGAGCCCCUUCAUGAAGUUCGUAGCACAUGCCGUCUCCUUCACCAUCUUUUUGGGUCUGCUGAUCAUCAACGCCUCUGACCGCUUCGAGGGAGUCAAGAACUUGCCCAAUGAGACCAUCACAGACCAUCCGAGGCAGGUGUUCAGACUCAAGACCACCCAGUUCUCCUGGACGGAGAUGCUAAUCAUGAAGUGGGUGCUGGGUAUGAUUUGGUCAGAGUGUAAGGAGAUCUGGAGUGAUGGGCCCAGGGAGUACAUCAUGCAUCUGUGGAACGUCCUGGACUUCGGCAUGUUGUCCAUCUUCGUGGCGUCCUAUACUGCACGGUUCAUGGCGUUCCUCAAGGCGUCCAAAGCCCAGCAGUAUGUGGACCUGCAUGUACCUGACGAAGACCUCAGCAAUGCCUUACUGCCUGAGGAAGUUGCCUACUUCACAUAUGCCAGGAACAAGUGGCGGCCCUCAGACCCCCAGAUCAUCUCAGAAGGCCUGUACGCCAUCGCUGUGGUGCUGAGUUUCUCUCGCAUUGCUUAUAUCCUGCCGGCCAAUGAGAGCUUUGGCCCGCUGCAGAUCUCUUUGGGGCGCACGGUCAAAGAUAUCUUCAAGUUCAUGGUGAUCUUCAUCAUGGUGUUCGUGGCCUUCAUGAUCGGCAUGUUCAACCUGUACUCGUACUACCUGGGAGCAAAGUACAAUCCUGCUUUCACCACGGUGGAGGAGAGUUUUAAGACCCUUUUCUGGUCCAUCUUCGGGCUGUCUGAAGUGAUCUCAGUGGUGCUCAAGUACGACCAUAAGUUCAUCGAGAACAUCGGCUACGUGCUGUACGGAGUCUAUAACGUCACUAUGGUUGUCGUCCUCCUGAACAUGCUCAUCGCCAUGAUCAACAGCUCCUACCAGGAGAUAGAGGAGGAUGCCGAUGUCGAGUGGAAGUUCGCCCGAGCCAAGUUGUGGCUCUCUUACUUUGACGAGGGGCGCACCCUGCCCGCCCCCUAUAACCUGGUCCCCAGUCCAAAGUCCUUCUACUACCUGGUCCUCCGCAUCAAGUCAUGCCUGGUACACCUCUGCAAGGCUAACAGCCCUCUCCAUAGCAACGAGCUGGAGCUGGGGAUGCUCAACUCACAGGCCAAGGAUGAGCGCUUCAGGUCUUAUCCACGUCCAGGCGAGGAGUUCAUCCCCAGAAAGUCUAGAAAACACCCGACCAGAUACCAGAAGAUUAUGAAGCGUCUGAUUAAGCGCUACGUGCUGAAGGCUCAAGUGGACAAAGAAAGCGAUGAAGUCAAUGAAGGCGAGCUGAAGGAGAUCAAGCAAGACAUUUCCAGCCUCCGCUACGAGCUCCUGGAGGAAAAAUCUCAAGCGGCCGGAGAGCUGGCUCUGCUUAUCCAACAGCUUGGCGACAAGUUUGGCAAGAACACCAUGAGGCACUGACAGGACUCACAAGACAGAGAGAGAUAGGGGGUGGGGGUGAAAAGGAACAAAAGGGUGACAACAGGAGAAGGCAGCAGCAAAAAGCAGGGUCAGUAGUUAUUUAUAAGAAUUUACAGUUGGGGGGGGGCAAAGAAAAAAGAAAGAUGUGCAGAUGAAACUGCCGAUGUUUUUCAUAACAGAAAGGCUGACUUUGCUUCUCUGUGUUGACUUUGUCAGGAAAAUAAUCACGACGCCUGUGGAGAUACAGCGCAGCCCUUUAUACAGCAGGCUAUCUAAUUAAUGCACAUCCAAACACAAUGCACAACUUCAGAUCAGGAGUCCAAUGAUUCAGGAAAAAGGGGAAAACAUGUCAUUAAAACUCGCUCAAAUAUUUAACGUUGUCCCGUCAUUUGAAAUUUAUUUAAACGGUAUGUAGAAUGUGUCCAUAACACAUGUUGUGUCAUGAAAAGACAUACAUAUUUGCAGCUUCAUGUCUCAAAAAGAAAAAACAAACACAUGCUGCCAGAAAUGUGGAAAUGUUGUUUAACCCACAGACUGGAAACAGACAGAAUGCACAUAGACAAAGAUGCAGACUUUUACGGUACCACUCGUUUUUGAAUAACUUAAAGGGAUACUUCGCCCGUUGAAACAUCAAUCUGUAUUAACAUUGGGUCAUAUAUGUAGUAGAAAUGUGAAAUAAAUUUUGAAGUUGGUGCCUUCUUGACCAAGAAAAGGCAGAAAGUAUCUAUUUGACUCAUGUGGAUGAAACUCCCCCCACUAAGGUCCUCUAUUUCAGAAUCAGAAUCAGAAAUACUUUAUUAAUCCCAGAG